AUGGCAGGGGCAACUUUACCCGAACGGGUUGCUCAAAUCUAUUAUACGUAUGGUCUAUUUUGCUCAUCUUACCCAAUAAUUGCAAUCACAUUAGCGCUAUCCGUUGUUCUGCUGUGUUGUUACCCAUUACUUAAUGUACCACUCCCAGGAAACAUUCCUACAGUUGUAAAUUUGCCAUGGCAAAUGGGAAAUUUCAAAAACUCGCCUCAUGCGAAUUGUUCUACCAAAGACUGCUUUCGAGAUGAUGUUGAUAUACCUGAACAGCUGAGUGUUCUUCUGAAUGAGACACAGAAACUUCCCUAUGUUUGGGCAAAGGAGAGGCCUUUGCUUUAUGUUCAUCAAAUAGUUAUGAAAAUAGGUGUUUCACCUUGGAACAACAACCUUAAGAUGUGGGAUGCAUUUCGUGCACCACUCCAGGAAGUGUUUCGAUUAUUGGAAACAAUACGUAACCACGAAGAUCCAGAAACAAAAAGUACCCUAUUACAUCACUGCUACCAAAUCGAAGGUGUAAAACGGCGCAAUGAUGAAGCGAGUAUGGAACAGGUGCUACCAGAAUAUAGCUGUUUGCUAUUGUCGCCUGCAAACCUAUGGCAACAAAAUUUACAAUCGUUUUCACUGGAUGCUAAUAUUGUAAACACUAUCUUCAAGUAUGAGAAAAGCAAACCCAUUGCUGAAAUGACCUUUGGUAUGCAACUUCGUGACACGGGCAUCAAGCGGUAUCCUCUCCGCGCUCGACCACGUGUCCUGCAAUAUGCUAUCACUAUAUUUUAUCGAAAUCCCGAACAAAGAUUUAUUCAAUCGCUUAGUAAAAAAUUAAGAGAAAUGUACCCCUUAUAUCAAGAAACUUAUGAUCGCAUUAACGAAUUGACAUUAAUUUUUUAUCCUGGCCAAUUCAAUUAUAGGGAACUAGUACCUCUGCUGAUAACUUUUAUAGGAUUGUUCUUGUAUGUUUAUUUUUCAGUAAGAAAAAUAGAGUUUAUCAAAUCAAAAUUUGGCCUCGCGGCAUCUGCCGUGGUCACUGUAGCCGGUAGUUUAUCUAUGUCCAUGGGUAUCUGUUUUUACUUCGGAUUUUCUUUAAGUCUUCAAGGUAAAGAAAUUUUCCCUUAUCUAGUCAUUAUAAUGGGUCUUGAAAAUGUAUUGGUACUCACCAAGAGUGUGACAUCAACGGAUUCGAGGCUCGACGUCAAGAUACGUUUAGCGCAGGGCUUGAGCAAGGAAGGAUGGUCAAUAACAAAAAAUUUGCUCACCGAAAUAACAAUAUUCACUGUCGGAUUUUUUACAUUCAUGCCAUUCGUCCAAGAAGUUUCAAUUUUCAUGAUUGUGAGCCUCCUAUCUGAUUAUUUCAUUCAAUUGGUGUUUUUCGCGACGAUACUUGGCAUAGAUGUGUGCCGGAUGGAGUGUUUCCAGGAUCAAAAUGACAAGUUACAUUUGAAGGGCUAUUAUAGUCCUUCCAACGCUUUGAAUUGGCGUUUCAGUAGGAAUUAUUUGGAGGAUAAUGAUUAUGCACCACGAGCAAUGAAAAAAUCUAAAUCACAUCCGAGAUUAAAUGGAUUAGUUCAAAAUAGUCCAACAGAUGUGGUGGCAAAGAGAAACGCAAGCCCUGGACACCAGGACAACAGAGUCCCCAAGAGAAUACGCCUCUUUAAUCUCUGGGCGAGAACGAGAUUUUUCCAAAGAGCUUUCAUGGUGUGGAUGCUUGUCUGGAUAUCUAUGAUAGUCUACAACUCUGAUGUUCUCGAUUACUUUAUAGUCAAUACUGAGAAAAACGAUACCACUACCAAAGAUGGAAAUGUGAAAACUCACCAAAAAAUUGAAAUGAAACAAUCAUUGUUUAUGUCUUUCAAUACCACCAAAAAUAAUCCUCUGGUGUUUUCGCCGUUGCCAAAUAUAGUUGGAAAGGAGAAGUCGCCAGUCGAUGCAAAUGACACAAUCAUGUUCAAACAUUCGCUGAAUUCGAGACCAUGGUCUAGGCUAUCCCCGUACCAUUGGUCUACUAUAUUGUCUCAAUACAACGAGUCUGUAGGGGGACGUUUCGCUGUAAUACUACCGCCACUUCUACUGUCGCACCGCGUGAGUCCCGAACUAGCAGUCACUGUUCAACAUCCAGACGAGAAAGAUCCACCGCCACUACGAUGGCAGGCGCUUGCUGCUGCUUUAGAUCCUAUCGACAUUAUAUCAGAUUUUGAACUGAUCGAAAACAAGAGAGAAAACCACUGGAGUCAAGGUGCAGAGCUGCCAAUCUACCCAACAACACCCAUGGAAAUUUUACUCCUCGCCAUCCUUUGUACAAUCAGUGUUGCUGUCAUUGCCUAUAUGAUGGUGGUUUUAUACAGAUGCAUCUGUUCUCGUCAUUACGCCGAGUGGCGCGCCUCGUGGAAUGAAGAUGAUGAGUAUAAAAGAAUCAUUGCGAAACAACCAGCUGUACAGUUGGUGAUGGAGGCAGUUCCCGUGGUGGUAGCUGGGCAUGUACAAGAAGUAGAGUGUCUCGUGACUGAUGGCGAAAAGAUCGUCAGUUCCUGCCUCCAAGGCACCAUCAAAGUUUGGGACUCCCAGAACGGAGAAAUUCUCACCAACAUAGACCGUUGCUCAUACUUCCAACUACAUAAUGAACUUUACAGAAAAGUUGAUACAAAGAAAAUCGAAAUCUCAGAUACGAUUGAAGAAAUCCAACACGAGAAUGUCUUCCCGCAACAUAACGAGAACAUGCCGAGGCUACGAAAAAGAUUGAACGAGCACCUGAGCGGACUGACUUUUCGCACCGAAUCACGUGAGUCACCACCCCAAUUGUCCGUUGCGGAAACUACUAGAUACAACUUUGCAAAAAGUUAUAGAAUCUUAACAACAACUUCUUAUUUAUUUUUUUAUAACUUAAAUAUCUCGGAACCUAGUGUUAGAACUGCAGAACAAAGUGACAUGUGUGAUAAUAAUAUUUUGUUGAAUGACAAUAGUGAAGUGAACCUUUUACAUAAUAGAAAUAAGAGUAGGUUAGUGAGUGGUAGCAGUGUUGAAAACAGAACAGACAGUGUAGUGCAUCCGGAGGCGGUCACAAACUCUAAUUGGAGAGGUGCACUUAUCACAGAAUCUCCCAUUUGGUGUAUGGACUUUUGCAACGACUUGAUCAUAGCGGGUUGUGCCGAUGGAAGAAUCGAGUUUUGGGAGGCGAGCUCGGGCAAGUUGAUGUGUAUACGUCGGAGUGGUGGGUUGUCGUGCGGCGUGACGCACGUGCGCGCUCUGUCGGGCGCGCGACGCGUGUGCGCCGCCACACUCAGCGGACACAUCACUCUGCUGCGUCUGGACGCGCACAAUACUGCCUCCGGUACACUAGUCGACUGGCGGUUUAGUACAGCACAUCGCCGGACACACAAACGCACAGGGUCUGCCGGUUCAUUGCGAAACUUACAAGGCGGCAGUGGCGAUAACCGCAGCAGAACGAGAACCGAACUUGCUGACGCAGAAGAGGUUGUGUGUGUGCGUGUAGCUCAAUGUCGACCACACCAACAACCUAUCACUGAGAUGCACUCAGAAGGCGAGCGGAUUCUCACCGGUGGACAGGACCAUGUGCUCAAGGUGUUCUCGAGCACGGACCUAAGUGCCCUAUUCACGUUGCAUGGUCACUGUGGCCCGGUGACAAGUUGCUUCAUAGAUCACGCAACGCCCACUAUAGCCGGAAGCGGUUCUCAAGACGGAUUGCUCUGCGUAUGGGAUCUACAUACAGGAGCGUGCCUGUACAGCACACAAGCGCAUGACGGUGCGGUGACGUCACUCGCGUACACAGCCUCGUACGUAGUGUCAGCGGGCGCGGACGAGAGGCUCUGCAUCUGGGACAGAUUCCAGGGGCACAUGCUCAACUCUAUACAUAUUGGUCUGAACUACAUGAGCCGGUUGCUGCCACUUACACACACUCUACUUGUGAUGGGAGACAACUGCGGUCUCACUGUGUAUGACCUUAGCAGUGGAGACGUUAUACGACGGGUCUUGCUUGGUCAGAGUGACGGUUGCAUUUUCGUAAGACAAAUACUCCCACUAAAAGACGCAAUUGUAUGCGACUAUGCGAAUCAAUUAAGGAUAGUGCGUUUCCCAUUGGUGUCAAGACUAUCUAGUACAAAGAGGGACUAA